AUGGAGGAUUCUACAGAUACGGCUACGUCUUCGCCUCAUUACUGGUCUAUUUUCACGAACUACCCUCUAAUCUCCUCCCUCACGGCUUUCACCAUCGCUCAGUUCAUCAAACUCUUCACCUCCUGGUAUAAGGAAAGGAGAUGGGAUCUCAAACAGCUUCUUGGUUCCGGAGGAAUGCCUUCUUCUCAUUCAGCUACCGUUACUGCUCUCGCUGUUGCUAUUGGUUUACAGGAAGGCUUUGGUGGUUCACAUUUCGCUAUUGCUUUGAUCUUGGCUUCUGUUGUGAUGUAUGAUGCCACUGGUGUGAGAUUACAUGCGGGUCGCCAAGCUGAGGUUCUCAAUCAGAUUGUGUUCGAACUUCCUGCAGACCAUCCACUCUCUGAAAGCAGACCAUUGCGUGAACUUCUUGGUCAUACCCCUCCCCAGGUCGUUGCUGGUGGAAUGCUUGGAAGUGUCACAGCAGUCACUGGAUACUUAUUUACCAGGAUAGCUACUAGCUAA